AUGCCUAUUCCCCUCAGCUUCUCCCAGAAGGAACUCAAUGAUACGAUACGAGAGAUAAAGACCUUGAAGGUUUCUCAAUUGAGAAGUUUAGUGCGCCUGCUUGUACUUCCAAACGCUGGUACAAGAGAUGUCCUUCUUGGAAAAGUAGCUUUGUUCUUUGAGGACAAGUGGAAUGUCGAUGAGGCAGCACGACUUGCUGCUAUAAGAAAUUUGAUUGAAUUAAUCAAGAAUAACGGAAGCAUACCCACCUACAAUGACGUAUACAACUAUUAUCGAAGCAGAGAUCGAUCCAGGCCCGGGACACCAUCUUCUUUUCCCCCCGCAAUGCACUCACGAGAUUCAAAUCCGGUCAGAGAUCACAAGAUCAACUUCAUUGACAACCCCUUCUUCAGACUAGUUCGAAAGCUACACAUUUCACCACAAGUAUGUAGGCCAUGCAAGAGAAAAGGCGUGCUUGAAAUCAAUUUUGUCUUUGAUGAGAUCGAACACAAGUUGUUGAGACGAGAGGACUCCAACAUGAAGAUAUAUUUACUCUGCGGGAGAAAGAUGGAAGAAGGGCUUGUAUCUCAUGACGUGGAAAUCGAGUGGCCCAUACCCCAUGAACUUUAUGUGAAUGACGAAAAAAUGCUCAACAACUAUGAGGGUAUCAGGCAUAAACCUGGCACAGCAAAGCCUGUUGAUGUCACCGAUUUUGUACUUGGGCCGCCGAAAUUAAACAAGAUUCGCAUGACAUAUGAGGACGAUACAGAUACAUACUAUGUUUACUUAUACUUUGUGAUAUUGAUACCUAUUGAAGAAGUGAUAGAGGAGAUCAAGGAACACCCAAAAAUCUCAAAGAGAGGUACAAUGGACUUGAUCAAAAAGAACGCAGACGACCUGCACUUGGAGGGUAUUGAAAUCAAAGAUAUCAUGCUAACAUUAAAAGAUCCCUACACAUUCACAAGAAUACAGACUCCUAUAAAGACUAUGGAGUGCGAUCAUCUUGAAUGUUUUGAUUUAAAUUUUUUCAUGAUUCAACAACAGCUGAACCCGACAUGGGAAUGCCCACAUUGUGGCAAUAGCCUUGAAGUUUCGGAUUUGGCAAUUUGUGAGUAUUUUGAAGAUAUCCUCAAUAAUGUGAGCAUGGAUGUAGACUACGCAAGGAUUACAAAUGAUGGACAAUGGGCUCCGGUAAUUGAAUCUGUGUAUCCAAGAGCAAGGGUGAAAUCAAAGAAGCACAAAUCCCAAAAGAUAGUGGAAGAACCCCAGAUUAAAGUAAAGCUUGAGUCUGGCAUUAGGGAGGGUGCUUUUCUUGAAGAAAUUGUACUUUCAAGCGACGACAGCGAUCAGUACGACAACAACGACAGCACCAACCGCAACGACAUCACCAACCGCAAGGUUCAAGAGCUUCUAGCGGUAACCGAUCCUAUGAGACGUGAAGACUCGCUUCCAACCAACGGUCAACCUAAGGUACAGCCUGGUAUUAAUUUAGAGACUCUAAAGGAACCAUUUGGCGAAACAUCUGUCGAGAAUCAGGGACAUGUUUAUUCUAAAGAAAUCGCAAGCGUAGGUGAAGUUGUUCCUAAACGUGCAAGACAGGACCUCACAAGUCCUUCGACAAACUCUUCUUUGGUUACUUGUGGUUUAGAUUCUGCCCAGACGAGUCCUCGUGAUGACCACGUCCUGAUAAAAUUUCAAAGACACCAGAUGCUGUGCCAGCGGACCCGGGACUUUCGGCUACACGAGCAACAGCUUCGUGAACAGCAACGAGAGUGUCAAAAUGCAACAAUUGAUGCCUUGAACGAGGUAACCCAACAUGGGCCAGUAGACUCUCGGCAGCAGCCAGCGCACAACGAGGGAACACAGAAUACAACCCCUCAAGCGCACCCAAUUCGUAACCCUUUGACCAAAUCUCCGUUUGCAGGGCCCGCAUCUUUGGGAGAAAUUGAGGAGCAAUUCCGUUCCGCCAUAAUUGCUCCACGGAAUGCGAGACAAUCAACUCCUGGUGCAGCCACGGAAAGUCUUGAAGGUGGGGCACGACGUUACGCCCAACAGCAAAUUGCCAUUAAGAUGCUGCAACCACAACAACAACAGCAGCAGCAGCAGAGGCAGCAUCAACAACAGCAGCGAGAAAGCACUCUGAACAGUGUUGCUGUUGAUAUGUUGACCCGAGAUCAGAGAAGCACGCAGCAUAUAAAGCUAGAGCAAGGAUCUCAUCGUAAAGUUUGCAACGCAAAAUCGGCGGACAGAGCCACUGAUUGCCACAAGACUCAGAAUAGCUCUCAACCCAUUGAUUCCUUGGAUGACAUAGACCGCUUUCCUUUAGCCGCAGGCUUGCUUGCUUACGGCAGUGUCAGCCCAAAUAGUGAUCCUAAAGCCACAGCAGCAGCAGUUUCAAAGGAAAGUCUACCUGUGACUGAGCAAAAAGCGGACUACCCACUUGCAGAAUCAAGCAAAACGAAAAGUAGAGCUUCAGGCUGUACAGUUGCACUUUUAUCGACGCAAAAUGCUAGAGCCAGUUCCAAGAAUUUGGGUAAAUCUUCCGUGGGUGACAUUGUAUCAAACAAUCCAAAGUUGAGAGACAUUCCAAAUAAAAGGUCUCAGAAACUCAAACACAAUGAUAUAGCUAUUUCUAAACCCGCUAACGUGAACGGUGGAGACUCAAGCACGCAUGUCAAUUUGGAAGAUGGUUCUCUUCAUGAUCAAGCGAAAUCAAGUGCUAGACAACCCAUUGGCCUUAGGUCUUCCUCACGGAGUCAAUCUCGGUCCGCGCAUGAUAAACUUCAAAAGCAAUAUUCUUCUCUCUUUAUUCGCAACAAAAGACCACCACCCAGUUCCAAACAACCAGCAAUGGGGAAGGGGAAAGGGAAAGGGAAAGGGAAAAGGACGGACCCUUCACAAGGAAAAGAAACCGCAUUGUCAGUGCUUGAAGAAGUUCACGGUUCAGCCAACCAAGAUGGCACUUCCAGAGAGUCAACGGAGCAAUUGCACGGUUCUGAAACUCACAAGGAGUCUGAUGUUGAUUAUUUAUUUGUUGAGGACGACGAGGAUGUAUUUAUUUCAGAUGCCGAAAACAGUAAUCUACCAACAACAACAACAACAACAACAACAACAACAACGCAAGAAGAGCAAAUGCAAGCAAACAAGGACUUACAGAAUGAAACGAAUAUUCAUACUUCGGUCCAGCAGCGAGGACAUUUGUUUUCACCAGGUGAGGCAGAACUUGAGAAACAUAUAACUCGGCAGAUGCGACUGCAGCCAGUAGGUGAUAUUGCUUCCACUGAAAAGCUAGCUUUGGAAGCGUCGAUAGAGAAGGCUGCAUUUACACAAUUAGAACAGUUAAUGGCGCUGUUUGAGACGGAUACAAAGCGCACACUUGAAGAUAUCAAGCUUAAGUAUGCUUCGAAUCCCGAGCGGAGAAACGCUAUGUUGGAGCACAAUGCGAACUCUAGAGAGAAAGAAAGGCGAAAAGUUAUUGAUGUGUUUGUUAGUGAUUAG